AUCUUCGAUGAUAUUAGGAAGCUCAUGGAGGAGGAGAAGCUCUCUGAAUCCGCCAUCAGGGCCUUCCAGCAAGCCUACGAAGCCUUGGUCCGUGGAGACGACGGCAUGAUCUCAGAGCGAAUGAUCUCUCCUGCUCUUGACUUGCCUAUGCUUGCCGAUAUCAAGCAGGCCUCGAUUCCCGACGACAAAGUCAAGGCUCUUCUUGGACAGACUGUCAUCUUGAAGCUCAACGGUGGUCUGGGAACGGGAAUGGGUCUGGAGAAGGCCAAGUCCCUCCUUGAAGUCAAGGGGUCCGAGACCUUCUUGGACUUCAUUGCCAAGCAGGUGUUGCACUUCAGGAAGACCAAAGGAGACGUCCGCUCGAUGUUCAUGAACUCCUUCUCUACCAGCGCCGACACCAAGGAUGCUCUCAAGGGACAUCCAGAGUUGGUUCAGGGAGGAUGGGAGGUCGUCCAGAACAAGGUCCCCAAGAUCGAUGCCGAGAGCCUGCGCCCAGCCAAGUGGCCAGCAAACCCCACCAAGGAGUGGUGCCCUCCCGGUCACGGUGAUCUCUACCCUUCCCUUGCUGGAUCAGGGAUGCUCGAUUCCCUCCUCAAGGAUGGGGUGAAGUACAUGUUCGUCUCCAACUCGGACAACUUGGGAGCCACCCUCGACCUCGAGCUCUUGAACUUCUUCGCUCAGUCCGACAAGUCCUUCUUGAUGGAGGUGUGCGAGCGCACGGAAGCUGACAAGAAGGGAGGACACCUUGCCGUGAGGAAGCAGGACGGCCGCCUCCUCCUUCGUGAGUCGGCUCAGUGCCCACCAGACGACGAGAAGGCCUUCCAGGAUGUGUCCAAGCACAAGUACUUCAACACCAACAACUUGUGGAUCCGCCUGGACAAGCUGAAGGAGGUGUUGGACAAGAACAAUGGAGUUGUUCCCCUGCCCAUGAUCAAGAACGCCAAGACCGUGGAUCCCAGCGACUCCAAGUCAGCUGCUGUCUUCCAGCUGGAAACUGCCAUGGGCGCAGCUAUCGAGAGCUUCGACAACUCUGGAGCCAUCGUGGUCGACCGAUCUCGUUUCGCCCCUGUCAAGACCUGUGCUGAUCUCCUGAGGGUCCGCUCCGACGCCUACGAUGUGACUGAGGACAGCCGCCUAGUGCUCUCGGCCGAGUGCAAGGGACAGCCGCCUGUCGUCGAUCUCGACAAGAAGGAGUAUAAGACGAUGAGCGGGCUCGACAAGAUGCUCAGCAAGGGAGACGUCCCCUCCCUGAAGCACUGCAAGAAGCUCACUGUCAAGGGCAAGGUUGCGCUCGAGAAGGGCAUCACCUUCAAGGGCGAAGUCACCAUUGUCAACCCGACCGCCGAGUGGCGUAUCCUCAAGGCCGGAGUUUAUGAGAACCAGACCGUCGAGCUGGGCGAGAACAGUGAGAAGUUGUAAGAGCCGGGCCCCUCGAGACCUCGGGAGGCCGACAGGGCAAACAACUUCAGUUGAUCAUGUGAUGAUGAGUGAAGACAUACAGAGGUUGAACUGGAAGCUUUGCCUCAGUAAACACCUCCUAGUGAUG